CGAGCAAGACUUACAGCGACAUUCUUCCAGGUCAGUGAGCAGGAGCAGAAACAGGGAGAGUUAAGGCUUGUGGGACAAUGUGAGCUACACGAGCAAGACUUACAGCGACAUUCGUCAACGUCAGUGACCAGGAGCAGAAACAGGGACAUUCUUCCAGUCCCUGUAGCCCUCCCUCUGCCUUCCUCUCGCUGUGUUCCCUGUCAAUCCCUGUGUCCGUCUCAGGUCCCGUAUGCGGAGCUGGGCGGCAAGACGCUGAUGAUGGCGGUGUACGAUUUCGACCGUUUCUCGAAGCACGACGCCAUCGGCGACGUCAAGGUGCCCAUGAACAGCGUGGACCUGGGGCACCUGAUCGAGGAGUGGAGAGAACUGGAGAGCGCGGAGAAGGAGGAGCAGGAGAAGCUGGGCGAUAUCUGCUUCUCCCUGCGCUACGUUCCCACAGCCGGGAAACUGACCGUCAUCAUCCUGGAGGCCAAGAACCUCAAGAAGAUGGACGUGGGAGGACUGUCAGACCCCUAUGUGAAGAUCCACCUCAUGCAGGGAGGCAAGCGGCUGAAGAAGAAGAAGACCACCAUCAAGAAGAACACGCUGAACCCCUACUACAACGAGAGCUUCAGCUUCGAGGUGCCCUUCGAGCAGAUCCAGAAGGUGCAGGUGGUCGUCACCGUGCUGGACUACGACAAGCUGGGCAAGAACGACGCCAUCGGGAAGGUGUUCGUGGGCUGCAACUCCUCGGGCACGGAGCUGCGCCACUGGUCGGACAUGCUGGCCAACCCCCGCCGGCCCAUCGCCCAGUGGCACACGCUGCAGCCCGAGGAGGAAGUGGAGGUCGCGCUGAAGGGCAACGUCCGCUGACGUCACUUCCUGUCCGCCCCCACUUCCUGUCCGCCCCCACUUCCUGCCAACAGUUUCCUCCACUCCUGUGUUUUUUUUAAGUACGAUAGCAUCACAUUGUAUCAGUCUCCUGUAUAUUACCGACUUCCUGCUUGCCUCCUGUAAUUCAAUAUUAUAUCAUCAUUAUUUAUGGACCUA